AUGCACUCGGGCCACCACCAGACUAGAAUGGCCACCCCACCUAAGAGGAGCUGCCCGUCUCCCGCGACCGGCUUUGAGGGGGUCCGCAUCAAGAAGAUUGCCAUCGAAGGGAACAUUGCUUCAGGGAAGACAACAUUUGUGAAUAUCCUUAAACAGGUCUGUGAGGAUUGGGAAGUGGUUCCUGAACCUGUUGCCAGAUGGUGCAAUGUUCAAAGUGCACAAGAUGACUGUGAGGAACUGACACCGUCUCAGAAAAGUGGUGGGAAUGUUCUUCAAAUGAUGUAUGAGAAACCUGAACGAUGGUCUUUUACCUUCCAGUCAUAUGCCUGCCUCAGUCGAAUACGAGCCCAGCUUGCCUGUCUCAAUGGCAAGCUCAAAGAUGCAGAGAAACCUGUAUUAUUUUUUGAACGAUCUAUAUAUAGUGACAGGUAUGUUUUUGCAUCUAAUUUGUAUGAAUCUGACUGCAUGAAUGAAACAGAGUGGACAAUUUAUCAAGACUGGCAUGACUGGAUGAAUCACCAGUUUGGUCAAAGCCUUGAACUGGAUGGAAUCAUUUAUCUUCGAGCCACACCAGAGAAAUGCUUGAAUAGAAUGUAUUUACGGGGAAGAAAUGAAGAACAAGGCAUUCCUCUUGAGUAUUUAGAGAAGCUUCACGAUAAGCAUGAGAGCUGGCUCCUGCAUAGAACCCUGAAAACCGACUUUGAUUUUCUACAAGAAAUCCCCAUCUUAACACUGGAUAUUAAUGAAGACUUUAAAGACAAACACGACAGUCUAGUUGAAAAGGUCAAAGAAUUUUUGAGCACUUUGUGA